GAUGAAUUAAACCACUCACCUUGAUCAUGCUCUCCCGUCCCCUCCAAAACCAGCUCCGCCUCCAUCUCUUUCUCUCUCCGUAAUCUCUUAGUCCCAGAUCUCUGAACUCGGCCAUGAACCGACGAGAUUGCCAAAGAACGUGGGUUGUUGGACGAUUGAUUGCCUAGCUUGUGAGUCUUCCUCUGUUUUUGAGUUUUCCUAACGAUCUUUAUUCCACUCUCUCUUACUGAUUUUCUUGGAAACCACGGCUAGAAGAAAAGACGCGAACGACCGCGCCGGCGAUGGGAAGACCUGAAAUGGACUCCGGUGAUGGUCCCUACGACGACGACUUAGUUCAAACGAGAGGCAAGAUAAGGGAGGGAUUAUUGUCGGUGUAUAUUUCCAAAUCCAGAAGAGGCUACUAGAGCUGGCCACUACUCUCUAGCAAUGGGAAGAGGAAGAAGAAGUCAUCGACAAUCCUGGAGUGGUCGUUGCCGGUCACCAAAAUAUAGCGAUGUAGCUUGCUAGCAGAGGUACAAAGUGUGUCUAGGUGCCCUUUACAUGUUUCUGUGUAUUUGAUAAUUCAUUUUCCACUAAAUAAAUUCAGAUUUAGGCUUCUUUUGCUUUUAGCAGAGAUUAUGGUGGGUUUCUGUAUAGAAAUUGGGGUUUCUAAUGAGAUGUAUGUUGUUUGAAC